AAGCUUCCACGCUAGUCGACCUCGUCGCGAAAACUUUCGAAAAAUAAUUUUUGGUAGACAUCAUCAUCACUCUUUGUACCUUUCCAUACAAUCUCCGAAUCAAUCCAUUCACUCCUUUCUCCAAUCAUGCAUCUCAUCCGUCGUGCCGCCGUUCGAGCUGCGGCUUCAAGAUCCAGCAUCUCAUCAUCGAGAACGAUCAACACCGCUUCCCCCUUCCUGCUGCGAUCCAAGACCCAAUCUCCAAUUGCCUCCUCAGUCUUCCGUCGUUUCAAGAGCGAUGAGCAGCAGAAAUCCCAAGUCGAGUCUGCGGACGGCGAGUCGGGAUCCGUGAAGUCUGCUAUUGAAUCUGCAUCAACGUACGCCAGCGAGGUUGCCGAAUCGGUCACAGAGUCAGCGCAGAAUGUCGCAGAAGCGGCGGGCUUUGCUCCUAGAGAGCGUAGAGAGGAGAGAAGUGGCUUCGAGGAUCGUAGAGGUGGUGGGCGGUUUGAUGCUGAUCGACCGUCGCCGCCGCCGACGAAUGGGAUUUAUGUGGGCAACUUGCUGUUUGAUGUCACGGCUGCGGAUCUGGAGAGGGAGUUUGCGUCGUUUGGUACCAUUACUAAUGCCACUGUUGCUUCGGAUGCGAGAGGACUGAGUAAGGGAUUUGGAUACGUCGAAUUCGAAACCCAAGAAUCGGCCGCUGCUGCUAUUGAAGGAAAGCACCAAGCCCUCCUCGAAGGUCGUCGUCUGGUCGUCAAUUACAUGAAGAAGAACACCCGCGGCGAAGGUAGACCGGAACUGGAGCCCACGAAGACGCUGUUCAUCGGUAACCUGGCCUUCGAAAUGUCGGACGCGGAUCUGAAUAAGUUGUUCCGCGAUAUUCGAAACGUGUUUGAUGUCCGCGUUGCUAUUGACCGUCGUACGGGCCAGCCGAGAGGAUUCGCGCAUGCAGAUUUCGUGGAUGUCGAGAGUGCGAUUAAGGGCAAGGAGGCGUUGAUGGAUAAGGAGGUUUAUGGCCGCAAGUUGAGGAUCGAUUAUAGUGCGGGCAGCAGAACUUCGGGAGGUGAUGGGGCCCCCAGAGGUGAUCGGGAUGGAGGUCGGGGCGGUGGCCGCGGGGGAUAUGGAGGCGGUGAUCGACGAGGAGGUGGAGGCUAUGGAGGAGACCGACGAGGGGGCGAUCGUGGCGGAUAUGGAGGCAACCGAGGAGGAGACCGCGGAGGAGACCGCUUCUAAACGACCACCAACGAACUCUGCAACUGACGGAUUGAGGAAAUGUGUACAUCAUGCAAGAGGUGUGCGAUAGAACGGGCUGUACUAAAAGUGGAGGGAAGGAGGGCA